UUGAUGCUGUCCCAACCGAAGAGCAGAAAACUGAAACUCAAGAAGAAGAGCCAUGCCACAAGGUCUUUGUAGGAAACUUGGCUUUUCAAACUGGUGAACAACAACUAUUCGACUUUUUUAAUAAGACCGUUAACUUGGUGCUGAUGAAGGGAAAUAAGGAAUUCAAAUAG